CACAUUUCUCUCUAGCAAUUGUUCAGAACAGCCUCUCGGACAAGCAAGAUAGAGUGUCUGCCGGCCUGGCCGCUAGUCGACCUGCUUUGUUUUCAAGAUGCCAGGUUUCGCAGAGUCUUUCUGGUCCCAGGACUAUGCUGCAGGACUUGGGGUCCUGUUUGGCAAGCUCCAACAGGGCGUAAUCGAAAACCGCCAGAUCUUGACCAUUGCCCGGUUGCGCGCCGAAGCAGAAGAGACCUACGGCCUACGCUUGUCCGAGAUCGCGCCGACAGUUGACAAGGUGCAAGGUGGCUUCUCCGGUGACGAUGGCGCCAGCGUGCGAAAGGCAUACGAUGGCGUCCGGACCGAGAUGGAGGAUGCGGCCAGGAACCACAAGAAGAUCGCGCAGAACAUUCGGGAUCUGGUCGUGAACCCUUUCUCGCGAUGGUCCGACGCACACGAGUCUCGAAUCCAGGAUUCCCAGGACGAAUUACAAUCAAGAAUCAAGGAGCACGAUAGGCAGGCGGAAGUGGUCACGAAGCUGAGGAGCAACUAUUUCAACAAGUGCCGCCUGGUGGAGGACCUGGAAGAAGAGAAUAAGCUUGCUUUCCAAGACCCAGAGACGAGCCCGAAAUCGAAGCACCCCGUGGCCCCGAUCCCUGAGAUCAAGGUCCAGGAAGAAGCGGAGGAUGACGACGAGCCCUACGAAAUCGGCGACGAGACAUAUACGCGGGACCAAGUGAAGAAAAUCGUCGCCCAUAUGCUAAAUAAUAUCAAGAUCGGGGAGACCAAGGUUCCCAUCCUCGGAGUCUACCUGAACACCUCGUCGGGGUCUGAUAUUGUCGAGUACCUGCAACGCCACAUGGGCACGACGAGUAUAAGCUACUCGGAGAGGAUUGGCCAGGAUCUCAUCUCCAACGGUCUCCUUCGCUUGAUCGGCAAUGUCGGCAAUUCCUUCGUCAACAGCUCCAAGAUGUUUUACCAAUGGCGGCCCAAGGCUUUCGAGAUGUCCGGCAUUCCUGAGAAGAAGGCGCCACUCUCGAGAACCUUCUCCCUCCCGGCGACUGGAGCGGACGGCAGCGAUUCUCCAGUUGUCGGGACUGUCAGCGAGUACUUGUCCAACUGGAACGUUCUCAACACCUCCCGCCCCAACGAGACUCCACCGGAGCGGCUGCGCCGUGAAGCUAAAGAGUCGGAUGACAGGUACAAGGCAGCGGUACGGAAACUAGACCAGAUGCGGUGCGAGCUCGAGGAAGCCAUCUACGCCCACCUCAGAUUCCUCGAACGAUGCGAGCUCGACCGCCUCAAGGCUAUCAAGACAGUUAUCCUGGAUUUCUCGGGAGCCAUUAGUAAUGUAAUUCCCAGCCUCCAGGCCGCCGUCGACAACAUGAUGCUGUACCAGGAGACGGUACAGCCCCUCGGAGAUUUGCGCUAUCUUCUGGAGAAUUAUCGCACGGGCAGUUUCACCCCGAAGGUAGUGGUCUACGAAAACUACUAUAACAAGGUCGACGAUCAAUCGUUCGGGGUUGACCUCGAGGCCCGAGCACGCGCGGAUAAGAAGCGUGUGCCGGUCAUCAUCACCAGCCUCCUGACCUAUCUUGACCACCACUAUCCGGAUCUGGAGGGCGACGAGGCCCGCCGGGGGGUGUGGCUCCACGAUGUCUCACUUGCCCAGGUUCACAAGCUCAGGGCCAGGGUCAACGAUGGCAGGGCGCCGUCGAUGGAGGUGUUUGCUGAAUUCGAUAUACCCACCGUUGCGAAUUUGUUAAAACUGUAUCUCCUCGAGCUUCCCGAUUCUCUCGUCUCAUCCCACGUCUACGAAAUCAUCCGUACAAUCUACUCGACGCCAGCGGCCGAUACCACCGAGGCGGCACGGGUCUCGGUCCUCCAGCAGACUCUAUCCCAGUUGCGACUGACUAACAUCGCGACGUUGGAUGCGUGCAUGAACCACUUCACGCGCCUUAUCGACCUCACCUCCGCCGACGAGGACUACGUUACCAAGCUAGCCACCUCCCUUGCACCCUGCGUUCUCCGUCCCCGCACUGAGACCUCGCUCACUCUGGAAGAGAAGCACGCUUACCGCCUCAUUCGGGACCUCUUCGCCCACAAGGACGCCAUCUUCAGUGAACUAAAGCGCAUGUCGACGCUAAGCCACUCGGUAUCCGUAACGGCCGCCCCGCACCGACCACGCGCAAUCUCCACCGACGAGAGCAACCGCAAGGCGCACAUGGAGGAGCGCAACCGCGCGCUCCUCGAGAAGGCCUCCGGCAGCCGCUCCCGCGCCACAUCCCCCGCCCCCAGUCCCCGCGGGACCGGCCACCGCAGGGAGCGGAGCAUCGGCGGGCCCGAGACGCGUUUCCCCAUCCAGACGGUCAGCAGCCCCGGGGCGGCGGAUCGGAGCCACAGGCAGAGCCUGGGCCCCAUCCUGCCGAAGCGCACCAGCCUCGAGGUCCCCGGCGACGGCGACGGCCUCCCGUCCCAGUCCCACGACGGCAGCGGCCUCAGCAGCGGCGGCGGCGAUGUGGCGGCCGUGAGGGCCGACUCGGAGAACCUGGUCGAGAAGCGGAACAGCCUGGGCCGCAGUGGUGCGCGCUUCGUCGGCGGGAGGCGCGUCACCCUCACCGCACCAUCGGCUGGACAGGAGAAUCCUGGUAGUCACGGUGUCACGCUCGUGGAUCCGCCGAUGGAUGACUGAGCCGAGCAAGGGCGUCGGUUUGGAGACACGGUAUUAUCGUUGUGGGCUCGGGAAGAGGGAUGAUGUACAUUUGGGAGAGUUGGAAGGGGGAUGGAGGGAUUUUUGGUUAGAGACGACGUGAGACAUGGCAACCUCUCAGGGGCUUUGGUAUGGCGAC